AUGUCAUCACUCCUUCCCAAAAAACGGUCGGGUCAGCAACCAUCACAUAAUACAGCAUCGUAUCUCCAUGAUCUAUCGCACAAAGGACGGCUGAUCUCCGGCAGAGCGCCAUCAGCAUCGAAAAGAAAGCCUUCGGGAGCUCGCCAUGUUAGCCGAGGUGAAAUGUUCGUCCAGAGGAAUGAGGACGUCGCCAACUCUUCAUUCGGAGAAGAUGCCAUUCAUUUCCAUGAGAACAAGUCUACAAUUAUGUCUAAUUUCGAGGAAUGGAUCAAACUAUCGACUGAUAACAAGAUUACGCUGAAAAAUUCAUGGCAAUUUGCUUUAAUCGACUAUUUCCAUGACUUGAAUGUGAUCAAAGAUGGCGAGAAUAUCAAUUUCCAGCGAGCCUCUGCAACUCUAGAUGGAUGUGUAAAAAUUUACUCUAGUCGUGUUGAAUCGGCUGCCUCCGAAACUGGUAAAUUGUUGAGUGGUUUAGCUACUAAAAAAGGGCAACUACAACUAGAGAAUGCAGAUGGAAAUGGAUCGGAUCAGGAAGAAGACGAAGAGGGCAAUGCCACUGGAAAAAAAAAGGAGCGUAGAAUCAACAGGAUUGUCGAGUCAACUCUUGUACCUUUCGAAUCUAUCCAAAUCCAAAAGUUAGACCAAGAACUUGCAAUAGAUCCAUUGUUUAAAAAGGCGCUUGCAGACUUCGAUGAAGGUGGAGCUAAAAGCUUGCUUCUCAAUACGCUCAAUAUUGACUCAUCUGGUCGUGUUGUUUUCGAUGCUACAACAAAUUCUAAUACUAAUACCUCUUCACUCCGGUUGGAGCAAGACAAUGCACCCAAAGAAAUGGAAAUAGAUCAGCCCAUAGUCGAUUGUUCCAAACUCCAAAGUAUGCUUUUUGGAAUCUCGCAAGAUUUGAGCGAGUUUUCCCUUUGCCCAUCUAUAAAGGAACUAAAAGAGGUAUUGAACGAUGUCAAUAAAGCGAAGGCUGUGCUUGGAGACGUAAACAGUAAGUUUCUGGCCCAGGCAGAGAAAGAAGCCGAAACACCUGCCAUUGAUACACCUGGUGGAGACUAUGAUUUAGGGGACGACAUUGACUUAAACUUAGGUCUAGAUCCUGAUCUCGAUUUCGGCACUGAGAACGAGAACGGAGAGGUAAAUGGGAAUCAAUAUCUCAAUGAGCCUUCCGGAAUUGAUGGCCCGAUCGCACAAGCCUUAGAUUUUGCCAAUUUGUCACUCGAAGACAGCGUCACAACUGAAAAGGUCAUGGACCAAGAUCUUAUGGCCUAUUUCGAUGACAAGAUGAAAACGAAUUGGCGAGGCCCCGAGCAUUGGAAAAUUUCUAUGUUGAAACAGGCAAAGAAAAUAGAUGAACCGAAGAAUGCAUCGCGUGCAACAACCCCCCUGGCUGAAACAACAAAGAAGAAAAAGAAAGAAGCUGUGACCAUUGACUUUUUCUCGGACGAUGAUCCAGAUUUCAUCGAGAACAUGUUUGUGAAACCACGAAAUCAGUUUCUUAUCACUAGAAAGCCUGAGGAGAGGAAGAGCACAGAUCUUCAUAUCUUGCCCGAUGAUAUCCAGUUCAACUCGCAACGUCUUGUGAACCUAUUUAUUAAGCCUUCCAAGACCAUCGUCACCUUUUCUAGGAAAAAGAAAUUCAUGGGCGAUAGGAAUGACGCUGAAGCAAACAGAACAUACACAGACGAGAAAUACUUUGCAGAGAAGUAUGUAGAAAGAGAGAAGGAAAGGGAAGAAGAGGAACGACAAGAGAAGCUCGCUGUAUCGUUUCACAUGGCAGAAAUGGACGACUAUGACAACGAUAACUUCGGCGGCAUUGACUUCAACGACGCCCUAGGAGACGCCAAUGCUUCAUUGAUACAUGAUGAAGACAAAAAGGAUGAUUUUGAAGGUCAACUUGUAACUGGCGCCAAGAAGAUGCGGCCUGAAUAUGUCAAUUUCUCCAGGGUUGCAAAACGAGUGGAUGUGAAGCUUCUCAAAGAUAAUCUCUGGAAAACAAUCAAGGAAGACGAACAAGAGCCUGUUGAAGAUCUAAGCACUGCGCUUGUUCCUGUUCGGGAGAAGACUUUUAAAGAUGUGGUGGGAUCCAUUGGCGGGUUGUACCGCCCAGAAGAGAAAAAAGACUUGUCCACCAGUUUCUGCUUCAUUUGUUUGUUACAUUUGGCGAACGAGCAUGGAUUGUCGAUCGAGGCUAACACAAGGCAUGAUGACUUAUUCAUCAAGGGCUUUUGA